CAGAAAGUGACAUGAGGUCUGUCCUACCUACAUUGUUUCACUUGACUUUGUUGCCCUUCAUUCCAUUCCAUCUCAUCUUUCUCUCUCAACUAUCUCAUUCUUGACACUUGAGUUACGUGAAAAGGGGAAGAAGAUUGAAGAAGAAAAAGGGUUGUUGGUAGCAUAAAAUAAAGAAAGUAGCUAUUAUAUUUUCCUGAAUUGAAUUUGGGGUUCAAAGCAAAUUAGGAUCUGUGCUUCACUGUUUUGUCUUCUAGCUUCUUCUGGAGAUUGCCAUGGAGAAUCACAAGAUGCAAGACUAUGAGGUCAUAGAGAAACUCGGAAGAGGAGCAUUAGGUACAACUUUUCUCGUUCUCCACAACACUGAGAGAAAGAGGUAUGUGCUAAAGAAGAUUCGCUUGGCCAAGCAAUCAGACAAGUCCAAACUGACAGCGCACCAAGAGAUGGACCUGAUAGCCAAUCUAAAUUACCCUUAUAUUGUGGAAUUCAAAGAUGCUUGGGUGGAGAAGGAGGACUACAUAUGCAUUGUAACUGGCUACUGUGAAAGAGGAGACAUGGCUGAUAAUAUAAAGAAAGCUCGAGGAACUUUUUUUCCUGAGGAGAAAGUCUGUAAAUGGAUGACUCAAUUGUUGCUAGCCGUGGACUACCUGCACUCCAAUCGUGUGCUUCACAGAGAUCUUAAGUGUUCCAACAUAUUCCUCACCAAAGAAAAUAAUAUUCGGCUAGGUGACUUUGGUCUUGCAAAGCUACUUAACAGCGAUGACUCUGCUUCCCCGGUUGUUGGAACUCCAAACUACAUGUGUCCUGAGAUCCUUGCUGCUAUGCCUUAUGGUUAUAAAUCUGAUAUAUGGUCUCUUGGUUGCUGCAUGUUUGAAAUUGCUGCACAUCAACCGCCAUUUCGUGCUCCAGACAGGGCUGGACUCAUCAAUAAAAUAAAUAGAGGCACCAUUUCUCCACUGCCAAUUGUUUACUCUUCCACACUGAAACAGCUUAUCAAGAGCAUGCUGAGGAAAAACCCAGAGCAUAGACCAACAGCAGCAGAAUUGUUAAGGCAUUCUCAUUUACAACCUUUCGUUCUUCGCUGUCGUAAUGCUUCAUCUGUGUUUCUACCAGUACAUCUCAUUAGUUGUAACUCAAAGGAUAAAACAAAAAAGUCUGACGGACCAAGUGGCGGCGAAGACCACAGGGACAACGUAGCAGGAUUAGUAAACCAUUUGGAGCGGGUUUAUUCAAUUGAGGGAAAUGGAGAUGUACAGACAAGCAACUGGCGUAAUGACUGCAAGCUAGCAGUGUCAACCAGCACAGAAGACAACCUUGAGACCAAAAUGGUUGAUCCUUUCAGCUUCUCAGUGGAAUUCUUUACUAGUGUGGACAAACCUGAGCACUCCUGUAAAUCAAUUAUUUCAAGUGUAGACAGCAAUUUCAAUGAUAAAGAUGGGUCCAUGGAUGAGAUUAUGUCAAACAGCACUCUAGAUUCUGUGCAUAAAGAACAAGGGUUUGGUGCUGAGUAUUUUCACAAGUCAGAUGCAAUUGACAUGAAGGCAGUGACUACAAAAGUUGAAGGUACUUUUUCCAAUGAAGGUUUUGAUAAAGCUGAAGCACAAAGAGAAGAUUGCAAACCUGAGAACUACAGUAAAUCAAUUAUAUCCAGUGAACACAGCAAAAACAAUGAUAAAGCAGUGUCAAUAGAUGAGAUCUUAUCAAAGAGCACACUAGAUUUUUUGCAUCUAGAACAAGAAUUAGCUGCUAUAUAUCAGAAGUCAGAUGCAAUUGACAUAGAUGCAGUGACUACAAUAGUUGAAGGUACUUAUUCCAAUUCAGGUUUUGAUAAAGAUGAAGUACAGAGGAAAGAUGCAAAACCUGAGGACUCCAAUAAAUCAAAAAUUUCCAGUGAAGACAGCAAUGGCAAUGAUAAAGAUGUGUCCACUAAUGAGAUUAUAUCAGAGAGCUUACCUGAUUAUGUGAUUGAAGAACAAGGAUUUGCUGCUGAACAUUUUCAGAAGUCAGAUGCAAUUGACGUAGAUGCAGUUACUACAAUAGUUGAAGGUACUUUUUCCAAUGCAGGUUUUGAUAAAGCUGAAGAACAGAGAAAAGAUGCCAAAGCUAAGGACUUCUAUAAAUCAAUUAUUUCGAGUGAAGACAGCAAUGGAAAUGAUAAAGAUGUGUCCACUAAUGAGAUCACAUCAAAGAGCAUACUAGCUGUGCAUGAAGAACUAGGAUUUGCUGCUGAACAUUUUCAGAAGUCAGAAGCAAUUGACAUAAAUGCAGUGACCACAAAAGAUGAAGGUUUUGAUAAAGCUGAAGCACAGCAAAAAGAUGCAAAACCUGAGGACUCCUAUAAAUCAAUUAUUUCCAGUGAAGACACGAAUGGCAAUGAUAAAUAUGUGUCCAUUGAUGAGAUCACAUCAAAGAGCACACUGGAUUCUGUGGAAGAAGAACAGGAAUUUGCUGCUGAACAUUCUCACGAGUCAGAUAUAUUUGUCAUAAAUACAAUAACUACAAAAGUUGAAGGUACUUUUUCCCAUGAAGGUUUUGAUAUAGCUGGAUCACAGGGAGAAAAUGCAAGGCCUGAGGACUCCAAUAAAUCAAAUAUUUCCUGUGAAGACAGAAAUGUCAAUGAUAAAGAUAUGUCAGUUGAUGAGAUGACAUCAAAGAGCAUACUAUACUCGGUGCAUGAAGAAAAAGGAAAUGCUGCUGAACAUAUUUUGAAGUCAGAAGCAAAUGACAUAGAUGCAACAAAUGUUGAAGGUGGUUUUUCUAACACAGGUUGGGAUGAUAAAGCUGAAGCACAGAGACAUGAUGCCAAACCUGAUGACUCCUGUAAAUCAAUUAUUUCCCGUGAAGACAUCAAUGCCAAUGAUGAAGAUGUGUCAAUUGAUGACAUCACAUCAAAGAGCACACUAGAUCCUGUUCUAGAAGAACAAGGAUUUACUGCUGAACAUUUUCAAGAGUUCGACAUCAUUGACAUAAAUGCGGUCACUACAAAAGUUGAAGGCAGUUUUUGCACUGAAGUUUUUGAUAAAGCUGAAUCACAGGGAGAAAAUACUAGACCUGAGGUGUCCAGGAAAUCAAUAGUGUCCAGUGAAGAUAGCAGUGGCAAUGAUAAAGUUGGGUCCUUUGAUGAGGGAAGGCCAUCACCAAUUGUGCAUCCUGUUAGGGUUGAACAAGACCCUGAAACUGGAAACUGCUUGAAGGAAAGUGAAAAGCCUAAAGCAUUCUCAGAAGACUUAGACUUAAACAGCUUAACUUCUGAGUGUAAUGAUACACUUCAGGGUAAGGAUGAAGUCAGAGAAAACAUACACACAAUCAGUUGUUCCAUGCAGAAAGAAAAUGAUAAAGCCAAUGUUAUUGAUAAGACACCAAAUGACAUUUCAUUAAGUAGACAUGUAUUAGUAGGUGGUGGUGAUAAAACAAAGAGGAGGGUUGAUAUUUCGUGCCAACAAAGAGCUGAUGCUCUGGAAUCUCUGCUUGAGUUAUGUGCACAACUACUUAAGCAAGGAAAGCUUGAAGAGCUUGCUGCCGUGCUAAGACCAUUUGGAGAAGAUGUAGUCUCAUCAAGGGAAACAGCAAUAUGGCUGACAAAAAGCCUCAUCUCCUCACAAAAAAUUAAUCCAGAAACCUAGCUAGUUUAUGCGAGGCGCCCCUCAUUAAUUAUACAUGGUUGUACAAAUAUGUAUUUCCAAACAUCACAUGAGUUUGUUCUCUCGAGAUUUUUGCUUUGAUUGAAGAUUGGAGGCUUAAAAAUAACAUUUCAGAAUAUAUUUUUUCAUGGUGAAUGGUCUAUUGUAAAUGAAUUAAAUUAUAUUUGAAAAGGUUAAUUAUUCAUUAUUGUUUUCCUCGA